UGCAAAGCUUUGGAAUCGAGCAAAAUGAAUUAAACACUUCUAGGUUCCUUCAAUAAUCACUUCUACUGAAGUCAUUAGGCUGUGAACUUGCGAUAUUGAGUUCUACUAAAUUUUGUAAUGCAGAUGUUACCAGGCACCACUUUUUGGUAUUGGACGACUGGCGUUUUAUUACUUGUCGGAAAUGUGCCAACAGUUAGUGGAAAAGUAAUACCGAACCCAGGGGGCGGAAAUGUUGAAUCAACAACAUUUGCAUUGGGAGAUGUCUUGGCGAAUAAACUACACUUAUUUGCAUUGAUUGCAAAACCAGAAAAGGAAACUGAUAAUCAUAAAAUAACGGAGAAGAAGACUUCUAUUGAGACUUUUCAUUCGGUAAUAGAUGUGAACACUAAAUCACCUGAGAAGAUAUCGAAUAGCAUUUCUGAUUUUUCUGGUGUUUCAAGUACUUCUAGUUUAAGUGAUUCUCUUGAUUCCAGUUCAUCUUCUGGUAUUUCUAGUACUUCUAGUUUAAGUGAUUCUCUGGAUUCGGAAUACGAGUAUUGUGUAAAUUAUUUCUUUCCACAAUACGAUUUCUUGGCAGACGAACUUGCUAAUUUUGAUUAUUACAAUGCACCGUUAUAAGUUAUAUUAGUACCAUACAUAAAUUUGCUUCAAGUAAAAGGAAUUAUAGUGAAUUAUAGAGAAAUUUAUUUACGAAGGGGUCACCGAUAAUAUUUUUCUCAAAUAUAUAAUUUAGCACUUGUGCACUUGA